CCAGCCCCCACCCGACCUGUCUAGGGAGACGGGAAGGAGACUGCUCCCAGGCCCUAGGGAGCUGGCUGUGAGGUCUGAAUAACCACCUCCUCAGGGGCCCCUCGAGGUUCCCCAAGACUCUUCACCUACUGUUCUCUGCACUGACAGCCUCCAGCCCAGCUGCUGGGUUUGCAUCACCCGCAGCUAAAACAGCACUAGCAGCCAAAAGGCAGCAGCAGGAGUCCGAGACACAGGGACCCAGGGAGCCUCCUUCACCUCCCUGUUGCUGCCUUUGGGGAGCUUGGCGCUUCUGUCUGCAGGGAACACCCUUGCAUUUUUCUCUCUUGGCUGCAGAUCAGCUCCCGCCUCCGGAAUACCUGUGCCCUUCCUUCCCCAAAGCCUUGAAAUCACCCUGGAGCCUGUGUGACCUGCCCCCUAGGGAGCUAGAGUCAGAGGCAGUGCCAGGUCAGAAGCUGGACUGAGAGACCGGGCUUCUGUGGUCCACCUGGCCCCACAGAGAAAGCAAUGCACAAAGCCUCCAGUGUCCGGGCCGAGCUGCUGAGAGGCCGGCGGAGUUCCCUUGCGUGGGUUGAGGCCCAUUUCCUGGGAGGAGAGAAGCUCAGUAGCAGGCCACGCAGGAGCUGGUGUCCACACAAGGCACACUGCCAGGCUUCGACGGCACCCUCUUCACCCCCAGCAGUUCUGGGCACCCGUGUACCCACAAGAACACUUACGCACAUCAGCUAAGAGAGUGCACCUGCUGACCUAAAGCUCCCAGCCGGAGCCUCGGAGGGUGCGAGACAGACAGCGCCAGUCACAUCAUGUCUGUAAGCAGCCAGAAGACGGGACCAUCCCUGACUCAGGAGAUCCUUAGCCACCUCGGCCUUGCCAACAAGACUGCAGCUUGGGGCACCCUGGGCACCCUCAGGACCUUCCUGAGCUUCAGUGUGGACAAGGAUGUGCAGAGGCUGCUGAGGGCCAUUGCAGGCCGAGGUGUGGACCACAGUGCCAUCGUGGACGUGCUCACCAACCGGAGCAGAGAGCAAAGGCAGCUCAUCUCUCGAGCUUUCCAGGAACGCACCCAGCAGGAUCUGCUGAAGUCCCUGCAGGCUGCACUCUCCGGCAACCCUGAGAGGAUUGUGGUGGCUCUGCUGCAGCCUGCAGCCCAUUUCGAUGCCUGGGAAUUGAGGACAGCCUUGAAGGACUCAGGUUCUCCUGAGGAUGUGGCCGUGGAAAUUCUUGCCACCCGAACCCCGCCCCAGCUAAAAGAGUGCCUGGCAGUCUACAAGCACAAUUUCCAGGUGGAGGCCAAGGAGGACAUCAAAUCUAAGACCAGUGGCUUCUUUCAGGAUCUGCUCCUGGCCCUGGCCAAGGGGGGCCGGGAGAGCUACUCAGGGGUCACUGACUAUAACCUGACCGAACAGGACGUCCAGGCGCUAAUGCGGCCUGCAGGACGCAGCACCGAGAGCACGUGGGUCCUUGUCUUCACCCAGCGAAAUCCUGAACACCUCAUCCGAGUGCUGGACCAGUACCAGCGGUACACGGGGCAUGGGUUUGAGAAGACUGUCCGGGACCGUCUCCACGGAGCUGCCCAGGUGGCUCUGCUCAGCCUAGCCUCCGUGAUCCGGAACACACCGCUGUACUUUGCUGAUAAACUUCAGCAAGCGCUCCAGGAAACUGAGCCCAAUUACCAAGACCUGAUGCGCAUCCUUAUUUCUCGAAGUGAGACUGAUCUUCUGAGUAUUAGAGCCGAGUUCAAAAAGAAAUUUGGGAAGUCCCUCUACUCUUCCCUCCAGGAUGCAGUGAAAGGGGAUUGCCGGUCAGCCCUACUGGCCCUGUGCAGGGCUGAAGACCUCUGAGACCUCUCUGCCCCCAUCCCCACAUGACGUUCAAGGAUCUGAGAUUCCCAUGUUUGGCUGAGCCUGCAAGAGACCACCUGGGCCUCCAAAUAAGAUAACCCCUCACUGAGCAUCACAUGCUCCAGCUUCUUGUUGAGGCUGGAACUCAAGGUUCUUUUAAAUCCCUUAAUUUCCCUCAUUUCAAAGUGCUGUCUGCCCCUGGGUCCCCUCGCUCUAUCCUGGGUGUGGAGUAAUGGGCUCUCUCUGAUGGUUUCUGCUCUACCCACCCCUCCCGUACUCUGGCCAGAACAUCUCACUGAUACCUGAAUUCUUUUGGCAAACUUCA